UUCAUCGUCUAUUUUAUUUCAUUUUCUGUUAAUUUUUUCCUUUGUUUUUUUGCUGUGUUUGGUAACUGAGAAAAUGCCAAGAAAAGAGAGAAGAUUUAAAAAAGGUUUCUUUUCUGUCUUGAGCCUACAAAUUUUUGGGAUAUAACAGAUAGUGUGAACUUACUGAAUUCUCAUGCAAGAAUUUGGGUUAACUUCACUUGAAAAACUGAAAGCAGCAGUAGUGGUUAGAUGCAGAGUUCUUUUGUCUUAUCCCGCGUUAUCUUUCUUUGCUGUAUUUUCUGAUACCAAACUGAGAAUUUGGAUUUAUGUGAACUCUAUUUGAGAAAAUAUUGCUAAUUUAUUAUUAUUUUUUCGUUGAUGUUCUGCUCUGAGUAUCUAUCUGACAUUCACUUGAACUUUGACUCUUUGAAUGUGGGUGUUACAGUGAAACCCUAAUUUGGUGCUGAAAAGCUCGAAAUUAGGGAUUUGUUGUCAACUUGGCUUUUCUUUGUGAUAUUUAGAGAUGGGUGAUGGGGAGGGAACAAGCAAUGGUGACUGCACAGGAGAGGGAGUUCAGUGCUUGACAAGUGAAGCUGUGAAUAAUGGAUUUAAGUUUAGGAUUGGGAAUGAUAGUCGUGAUUGGGGCUCAGAGAUCAGUGUGGGUUUUCAAACUUACAAGAGGAGAAAGCACACUAGGUCAAGCUCAGCGAGUAAAGAUCAAGAUGAUGGAAAAGGUUCUGCGGAAGCUGGUAGUAAAUUGGCAGAUGAGACUGCAAAAGAGCUUCCAGACUGUUUCCCCGAAAAACAAGCUUCUUUGGAUGGUGUAAAUGAUGUUUUACACAAGCAGAGCAGAGAUUUUGUCCUUGAGCGCAUUUGUCAUUCAUUAAAUGAUGACAAAGGUGGUAUUCAGGGUUGCAUCCGAGAUGUGCUUUUGAUGACAGUUAAGGAAUCUGAUAGUUGUGAUAAAGAUAGGCACAAGCACUCCUCACAUGCAAGGUGGGUACCUAAUGGGACACUUGCAGCUGAAGAGCAUGUGGAUAUAUCUAAAGAAUCUCUGGAUGAAUCUCAUCGUCCUCUCACUGAGAUGUGCCAGCAUGCUUUCCUUGAUAUUAUACUUUCUGAAAAGUUCACAUUAUUGUGUAAGCUACUGGUUGAAAAUUUUCAAGAAAUGACCGCUGGAAACCUUUUAGGCUUGAGUCUCAUAAACAUGAGGAUGAAAGAUGGAGUUUAUGAACGUUCACCUUCACUUUUUCUUUCGGAUAUUCAACUGGUGUGGAAAAAGCUUCAAGGAAUUGGUAAUGAUUUGAUUUCUCUUGCAAAGAGCCUCUCUGAUGUAUCUUUGACGUGCUGUAAUGAACAGUUCAGUACUCGAGGAUUUAAUUUUCAAUGUAAACCGGAGAAAAUGGACAAUUGUGGUGUAUACAGUGUCUGCACUUGCCGGCGUUGUGGGGACAAAGCGGAUGGGAAGGAUUGUCUGGUAUGUGAUUCAUGUGAGGAAAUGUACCAUGUAUCCUGCAUUGAACCUGCUGUUAAAGAGAUUCCCCCAAAGAGUUGGUACUGUGCGAGCUGCACAGCAGUAGGAAUGGGAUCUCCUCAUGAUAAUUGUGUAGUGUGUGAGAGGCUGAAUGCCCCCAGGAGCCUGUGUGAUCAAGCUGGUGAUGAAAAGGGAUCUUUAACAAUUGAAAAGGUAUUCGGUGAGUUUGAAGAGACUUCAAAUUGUUCUAGGGAUGAUUUUUGUCAACCACCAGCAGGGAGUAGAAAUAUCUGUGUUUGUAAAUUUUGUGGAAAUGAGGUGGAACAUGGGGAAAAGCUAAGGACAUGUGAGCAUGUUUUAUGCCCGUACAAGUAUUACCAUGUGAGGUGCUUGACAACUAACCUGUUAAAAUUGCAUGGUCCACUUUGGUAUUGCCCAUCUUGUCUAUGUAGAGUUUGUCUCACUGAUAAAGAUGAUAGUAAGAUUGUUUUGUGUGAUGGUUGUGAUAAUGCAUAUCACAUGUAUUGCAUGAGUCCUCCACGCACUUCUGUACCAAGAGGGAAGUGGUUCUGCAGACAAUGUGAUGCAAAAAUCAAGGAAAUACGCAGGGCAAGGAGGGCAUAUGAGAAACAAGGAUAUAGAAUGAAAAAGAAAAUUGAAGCAGGAAAAAGAGCUAGUGAGGAUAUUGAGAAGAAAUUGGAUGAAAAAUGUGAACAAGAAUCAGUUAAAGAUAGGGAACGAAUGGACAUGCUUCUAACAGCAGCUCUGUAUGAAGAAAAGUUGGCUGGUGUUAGAAAUACAUGACUUCUUAGGAGGGGACAAGAUUAAUACAAUUCAUUGUUUUUGGAAGGAAUGAUUUUGAUGUAAUAUGGUGCCGAGAAUUUUUGUUUUUACCUCAUUAUGGAUGACUAAUCUUUUGUUAGGAUGUAAAAUUUAGGUUUUGCUGACUUUUGGAUGCAUUAGUCAGUGCAAGGCUUGAUUCUGAAGGCUUGUAUAUUUGCUAGUUGGCAAUUCCAAGUACAUGAAAUGUAGUUUUAAGGAUCAGGGAAUUAAUAGAUCUAUUUGUUGGAA